CUCCGGGGGUGACCGUCGGCGUCAGCGUCGUCUCUCGCCGGCGGUGGGACGUGCAGUGGCGGCCCUGACUGUUGGAGGCGUUGUGGUCUGCGGUGAUAAGGAAGAAGAGCUGCAGUGAUACUGGGAAGACAGGGGAGAGACAUGAAGCGGUGAUGGAAGAAUCCGAAAAAACAGAGAAAAAAGAUGAAAAAAGAGAACAAGUUGUGUGGAGUUGGGGUGCUGGAACCGAGGGUCAGUUAGGAACAAAGAUUGUUAAGGAUGAGCUCUUCCCUCAACUCCUUCACCAACCCUCUCUCUCUUCCAUCUCCUCCCUUGCAUGUGGCGGCGCUCAUGUCAUAGCCUUGACCUCUGCUGGGAAGGUAUUUUCAUGGGGUAGGGGCAAUUCUGGGCAACUAGGCCAUGGAGAGGUUGUGAGUAACGCUUUGGUUCCCAAGGGUGUAACGUCAUUGGAUGGAUACUUCAUAACCCAUGUCGCUGCUGGGUGGAGCCACUCAGGUUUUGUUUCAGAUUCUGGGUGCGUCUUCACUUGUGGGGAUGGCACGUUUGGUCAACUGGGGCAUGGGGAUUAUGCCUCACACUGUUCUCCUGUAAAAUUGCCAUGCUUUGGUGAUCAGCGUGUUGCCCAGGUUGCAUGUGGAAUGCGCCAUUCCCUUGUGUUGUUGAAAGAUUGUGUAGGAAAUCAAGUUUAUGGAUUUGGCUCUGGGAAGCGUGGUCAGCUGGGUGUCAGCAAUGAUAAGGUCAAAUCUGUUAAUGUUCCUAGAGCUGUUACUGGCUUUGAUGGUGUUGAAAUCAUUGGAAUUGCUGCAAAUGGAGAUCAUAGUGCUGCAUUAUCUGUUGAUGGGCACGUUUAUACUUGGGGAAGAGGCUUCAAGGGCUUUGAAGAUGCUCCCGUUCCUCAUUGCUUAAACUCUUCAUUGAAUUUUAUCAAAGUAGCUCUUGGAUGGAACCAUGCUUUAGCUAUGACUGGUGAGGGAGAGGUUUAUAUGCUAGGUGGAAACCACCUUGGAGUGCUUAGUGAUCUUCAGAACAUAAGCCCCCAAGCCAUGCAUGUACCUGUAGAUUUAAGAGAAGUCAAUGUGGAGAAAGUCCCUGGCCUUGAAGGGAUGAAGAUUACUGAUAUUGCUACCGGAGCCGAACAUUCUGUCAUUGUCACAGAUAAUGGCGAAAUAAGGACAUGGGGUUGGGGUGAGCACGGUCAACUUGGUUUAGGAGAUACUCGCGACCAAAUCAGUCCUGUUACAGUAAAUCUAGGUUAUGAUCUGAAUGAAGCUGAAUCAAUUAAAGUUUUCUGUGGAAGUGGGUUCACGUUUGCUGUAACCAUGCCCUAAAUCCUCCUCAAUUGAAGUUUACAUUUACCAUCGGCCUGGCCUGAACUUCCUAUGAGAGUGAUAGAAAUGGUACAUUCCAAGAAACAUUCCCAGAAAGUUUUCUGCUUAAAUAUUAUGUUGGAUUCAGGCAACAUUUUACUGGACCCUCACAAAUUUGAGAACCUUGAAGGGAAGUGACUAUGGGUGAUCCUCUUCUCAAUUACCAAAAAAUAGAUGAUAGCUGUUCAAGAUUUUCCAAUUUAUGGACACUUUGCUAAAACUCCUUUUUAGUCCAUUUAAUAACUGUCAUUCUUCCAACAGAAAGUGAAAGGAAUUAUUUCCCUUUUUAUAUAUUCAAAUUGACUGGGA